AUGUUUCAGUCUGUUUUGACCAAGGUGCCUCGGACGCGAGAAAAAAACAACCACAGCAGCAUUAAGUGUCGCGCUACAAUGAUUCGCUCGAGCUACAUGAUGUCGCUGGGUUCACUGGCUCUCUGCCUGCUGGCUUGUUUUCACUCCGGCACCAAUGCAUAUCCAGUCAAGCCGGUCAGUCCCCGGGAAGGGGCACCAGCUGAGGAUCUUGCCAAAUAUUACUCUGCACUAAGACACUACAUCAACCUCAUUACAAGACAGAGGUAUGGCAAAAGAGAAACUCCAGAAACUGUAUUUUCCGAUGUGUUGGUGAGGGAGAGCACAGAGAAUAUUCCAGGAUAUAACUAUGUCAGAUACGAUGAGUCGCCCCUGUGGUGA